AUGCUACGUUUAGCGUAGGCGACCACUAUUCGAGUUCUAUGACUGCUGAACGAAACUCUCCGGCGGCAAGUACUUUGUUUUCCCUCAUCAUACUCAAGAAAUGAUUCAGUGGCAGAAGGUCCUGGUUCAGAUGGUCUGUUAAAUUACUUUGCCCAACGAAAGUCAGCAUGUCCUGCAAAUGUGUAGCCUUUGGAUGUGGCAAAACUGAAGAUGAUGACGUGACACUGUUCAGAUUCCCUCAGGAUCCUGAGAAGUUUCGAAAGUGGGAAAAACAAGUUCAGCGUUCACGCGUCGGGUGGACUGCCACACCAGACUCCUACCUUUGCAGCGAGCAUUUUGGGAAGGAGUAUUUUGAGCCGAAGGCCCACCCUAGCGAUUUGAGGCUGAGACCAGGAGCUGCUCCCACCGUGUUUGUCCGUCCUCACAGUACCUCUUGUGAUGGAGAGUUGGGGGGCAGUCAGCAUGAUCGAGACAGGAUUUCGCACCCUGACGUACAAAGCGUCCCAAAAUCGCUCUUAAAAAAGGCCACAGUGGAGUCUGCUUAUCAUAAAAUGGCGAAACCCAGGAGGAAAAAAGUGACUGGACAAUCGCUGAUUUCUGAAGAAGAGGCCUUGGACAUUCCAGUCGUUUGCGAGAUGUGUGGCACCAAAGGUUUAACUGGCAAUUUUUAUUCCAAAACCAAGCGGUUCUGCAGUAGGUCCUGCUCACGUUCCUAUUCAUCAAACUCCAAAAUGACCUCUGUACUGGCACGAUUACAGGGCAAACCUCCCUCUAGAAAUGCAACUGUGCUGCACAAAGUUUGCCAACGCGCCAUCAGACAAGGACAGAAGAGCGAUAGACGGAAAAACACUUCUUUUGAGUGGGGCCCAUAUUUGGACAAGGAGACAUCGGUGGCUGCACCGGUCACCUGCUUCCCUCACGCUCCCAUGUGUGACCAGUGGGAUGAGGUCACAGUAGGGAUGAAGGUGGAGGUCCUCAACACUAAUGCAGUCCUGCCCAGCAAGGUGUACUGGAUCGCCACUGUCAUCCAAAUAGCAGGUUACAAGGCGCUUCUGAGGUACGAGGGCUUUGAACAUGACAGCAGUCACGACUUCUGGUGCAGUCUCGUCUCGGGUGAUUUGAACCCGAUUGGAUGGUGCGCCAUCACGAGCAAACUGCUGGUGCCACCACAAGGUGUGAAAAGGAACAUUCCAGACUGGAAGGAAUACCUGACCAAUAAGUUGGUGGGAAGUUACACAAUUCCGGUGGAUUUCUACAUGAAGUUGUCUGAGAGCAUGAAGGUCUCCUUCAAGUCUGGGAUGCAGCUGGAGGUGGUGGACCCUGAGCAAGUGCGUCAGACCUGCAAGGCUGUUGUGGAGUCUGUCGUCGGAGGUCGUCUCAAGUUGUCCUAUACUGAGCAAAGUGACAGCCAGGAGUUGUGGUGUCACGUGAGGAGUCCACUAAUACAUCCCACUGGCUGGUCCAGCCGCGUGGGCCAUGCAACAAAAGAGUCCACAGGCAACGGCCAAGAAACCUAUGUCUCCAAGAACAACUGUGAUGCUGCAUUAUUUAAAAAGCUCAGAUUUGUCUACAUAGACAGAGGAUACUUUCAAGAAGGAAUGAAAUUGGAGACCAUCGACCCACUGAACCUGGGAAACAUCUGCGUGGCCACCGUCCGAAAGCAGGACCUUCAACACCACAUCCGUCCACAGGUGUUGUUAGAGGGCUACCUGAUGAUUGGUAUUGAUGGCAUGAUACCUGACUCCAGCUCUGACUGGUUCUGCUACCACGCCUCCUCUCACGCACUCCUCCCCAUCAACUUCUGCAAAAAGAACAACAUCCCAUUGAAGGUGCCUGAAGGUUACAGCCCCGAGACCUUCUGCUGGGACCAGUACCUGACUGAGACCCAAGCUAAAGCUGCUCCGCCACACCUCUUCAAUACUGACUUCCUGGGUCAUGGCUUCUCCCCCAGCAUGAAGCUGGAGGCGGUUGACCUCAUGGAGCCUCGGCUGGUCUGUGUGGCCACUGUAAAACGGGUGGUGGGUCGCCUGCUCCUCAUCCACUUUGAUGGAUGGGAGAAUGAGUUUGACCAGUGGGUGGACUGCCAGUCUCCUGAGCUGUACCCUGUCGGCUGGUGUGACCUCACUGGGUAUCCGCUCCAACCCCCACCUGGUCUUGUUGAAGCUGUGGAAAAUCAAGGAAUUCGCAUCAAGAAGCCCAGGCCGACUCCCUUACGGAAAAAGAGAAGGAAGCCAAACAGGAAGAGACUGCUGUCAAAUGAAAGAUCCACCGAUGACCAUGAUGAGCAGGAGGUUUAUGAUGAGAAGGACCAGGAUUAUGUUGCCCCUCGAUGGAUCAAUGUUCGCCCUGCGGGGCAGGACAGCCCCUCUGUCCCACCGGAGGUGUCACCCAUCCUUCCCAAAACAGAGCCAAUGGAGGUGGAGAUCCAUGCAGUGCAGGUGAAAAUUGAAGAGAUGGAGACCCCGAUUGCUCCUGCGGAUCACCCCCAUCAGACCAUCAUGGGAACUGUCAAACAAGAAGGGCUCCUGGCUACAACUGAUGUUACAGAUCAGGAAACUGAGCAGAGUGGAAGUGCAGGAGAGCCAAGCGAAGCAUAUGGACCAGUAGAAGACAGCUUCACUGAGGAGAGCGACAUGGAGCAGGAGUCCUAAUUAUUUUCACUGAAGAGUCGACAGCGGCAGCCAUGUCUCUUCUAUCUUUGUGACUACACUUCAGUACCAGUGUACUGGACAUACUGGGCCUUUCAGCAGCAAUCCUAGUUGUUUACCUUCAUUAGGAUUCUACUGAGGUUUUUCUCUGCCUUAUGUGGUCAUAUAAAUAUAUACACAUAAAUAUGUACUCACUCUUUAUUUGAUCUGUGUUUGUGCGCUUCCUUGAGAAUACAGUGCUACAAGAAUGACUAUUACAGAUUUGUGCAGGUGAAAUGUGUAGACAUCAUGAUGGGGCAGAGUCAAGUCAUGCUGCGCCGCUUGGUUUUUGAAGCUGCUUGUGAAGGCUUUGUCUUCGAACUCUGCCGCGGUUUUGCUUUGGCUUUGGCCAUUUUUCCAUGUCCGUGGCCAUUUAGGUGCAUUGGCUUUGGUUUGUUGGCCUUGGGGGGCUUUGGCAUAAUGCUGGCAGGGACUGGAAGACUCUCACCUCCAGGGCACGCCUUAAACACGUGGACAUCUUUGACUCUGCGACCCCUCAGCUCUGGAGGGUUGGCGCAGGUGGCUCGUACCUUCAGGUUGACUUUUUCGAUCCAACUGAAAAAGAGAUGAAACAGCCGAAAUUCAGAUCAGCAGUUACUGGUUGAGUAAAUUGGCGGCAAACUUAGUAACUUUUUAAUCCUAAGUGACCCGCAAAAUGGACAGCAGACCCAACCUCUUCACUCCUCUCUCAUAAGUGUUUGCAUACAUUAUACAAUUUAACUACUUUCUUUACUUUUCUGAGAGUACUUGUGUUCAUGAUCGCUUUUUACUUGAGUAGUGUCCCUUCAACAAUUAUUUGCGGCUCAUGCGAUUGUUGACUCAAAGUAGAACUCACAUGCGUAGCGGCAGCAGGGGACAGUCACACAUCAGUGGAUUGUCAGCGAGGUUUAUAACUUCCAAAGAAGCGAAUGAGUUGAAGUCUGGCACUUCCUCUAGCUGGUUCCCCUCCAGGAAAAGACUCCUCAGCCCUGGACCGAGACCGACCAAAGAGUUGGGGGACAUCUAAACAAAAAAUAUCCUGAUAAACCCCUGUUUUACUGCAGUGAUGCUGCGUAGAUUAACCAUUCUCACCUUCUCAAGUCCCAUGUUAUCCAGAUACAGCUCCUUCAAGGAACUGGCCAUAGAGUGAAAAGCAUUGGGUCCCACCCAGCGGAUAGAAUUCCCUGAAAGCCUCAGGUCACGAAGGUUUCCUGCCAUGCUCAGUGCUUCAGUGGGAACUUCCUUCAGCUUGUUUCCAGACAGGUGCAAAGUGUCUAGAUCUCUGGCUUGGGCCAAAGCUUUGGGUGAAACAUUCCCAAUGACAUUCCCAGUUAGAUAGAGCGCUCGUAGGCCCUCUGCCCCUGUCAAGAUGUUCGACUCGAGCUUUGUGAUGGAGUUGUUUUCCAAAUGAAGAGCAAGGAGACCGGGGAGCAGUUUGAAAGCUCCUGAGGGGAAGCUGGUAAAGCGGUUCUUCUCCAGAUGUAGAUAAGUCAGCUGAGAAAGCCCUUGUAGGAAAGAGAGAUAAACAUAAAUGGCACUUCUCAGUGAGGAACAUAGAAGCCCAAGAACAAACUGGCACACCUUUAAAUGCAUCAGGACUAAGGGAGGUCAGAUCGUUCUCAGACAGGUAAAGGUAGAUCAGUCCCUUCAUGCCGCUGAAAGCACCACUCUCCACCUCUACAAUCUUGGAACGCUGCAGAUGAAGGGACACCACUUGAGCGACACCAGGGAAGCUGUUGCUGGGGAUGUAGUGGAAGUUAUUGCCACGAAGGUCGAGGAGGCGAGUGUCAGGAGCAAAGCCUCGAGGGACUUUUGUAUGGCCCCGGUUUUCACAAGAAGAAUGGUGGCUGUCUGCCUGGGGAAUAAAAAAAAACCUUCCUGAAACCAACUUCAUGAAGACAUGUUAUCCAUUUCCUUGGGUGCAUGAUAGCUUUUCCCGUGUUCUCCUCUAAACUAUACUCACAUCACAUGCACAGUUGGCUGGACACUUGACCUUCUUCUCAGGCUCCUCGGUAGGUCGAGGUGCCAUCCUUGUGGCUUCUUCAAACUCUGCCUUCAGCAUGGCCUCCUGGCUCUGACAACGUAAAUCUGAUGGGUAGACAGCUUCCAAGCUCUCUCCAGAAAGAUGUGCCGGUCCUCCACAUGCACCGAUCAGCUUCACCUUACUCCUGAUGGCCCACUCCCUGCAGUGCAAAUGGAACGAUUGCCACUCUGGCUAGCUAUUCUUAGGCUGCUUGUUUACUGUACCUCAGUGGGCGCAGGUAGCAAUUGCAGUAGAUGGGGUUUCCUGUGAGUUGGAGUCGUGCAAGGUUUGGGAGCCCCUCAGCAAAAGGCUGGAGGACGCGUAACUGGUUGUGACUCAGGUCCACGUGGAUCAGGCUUUGAGACUUUGAAAGGGCUGUGUUGGACAGGUCUUGCAGCGACAUGUGAUCCAGGAAGAGAUGGGUAAGCUUGGCCAUGGACACUGCAUCCUCACCCAAGUAAGUCAUAGGGUUGUAGCUCAGAUCCAACCGGGUCACUUCAGGCAACCUAGCCGAAGGCAGGAGAAAGACACAAGGAAAUUGUGAGCGAAACAUGGUCAUCUUGAGUUAGACCUGUUUUCGUAGCCAACCUGGUCAUGGUGUCUGAGGGGAAAAACUGAAGCUCAUUGUGGUCCAGACUGAGUCGGGUGAGUGUGAACAGUCCGGCAAAGGCCUCGAUAUCGAGGUAGUUCAGAGAGUUGUGACUGAGACGAAGCCAUUUGAUAUUCUGUAGGCCCUUUAAAAAGAGGUCAGUGGCGUUGGAACUAGGAAAGAUUCCACAAGAUUUUGUCCUUGAAAGCAUGACAUCAAAUUAUCAUGUGAAGAGCCGCUUCCGUGUUCUUGUUAGUGUUUGGAAGUCCAUGACAGAAUAGAGGACCUACUUAAAGCCUUCUGGCUCGGUGAGAGAAGAGUUAAAUAUGGAGUUAUUAGUGUUACAUUGAUGAUGCUGGGAUUUUGACAGGGACGCAUCAGCUCCCAAGCGUUACUCCUCCUUGUUUACCUGGAAGGCCAUGUUUGGAAUGUAGACUAGCUGGUUGUGUGUGAUGGAAAGCAGGUUGAGGAAGCCGAGCUGAGAGAAAGCCCCGGGCUGGAUUUCCUCAACACGGUUGCGGUCAAUCAUAAGCUGCUUCAGCGAGGAAAGGCCGUCAAAGGAUUCCUGGACUCAGAAAGGACAAAAGGCAUUUCACAUUUCAGUGGGGUUGGACUGAAAAUACCUGACAGGGUGGAUCCACGUUGUUUUAUGAGCCAAACAAUAGAUUGAUGGAAUGUCUGACAGGGUCGGUCUGUUGUCUUAAAGGUCUGAACACAGAUCUGUCUGGGAUGGAAGAUUAGUUUCAUACUCCGCACCCACCUGACCAUUUCAAAAUCUGCUUCUACUUCAACACGCUUGUCUCCUUCAGAUUUAGCUGCAUGUUUGACAAAAGUAAAUACAAGUUGCAAGUGUUUUGGUGAAUGUUGUUCAAAUGUCAACGAUCAAGAUGUGACUGAUCUUGGAGUUAAACUUGGAGUCAAAAAUGUCUUUACAUCACUAUUUCAUUUUUUUAGGCAAGAGACUUGCCAAAACCAGUUCACUUGAGUGGUAGACUAGUGUGAUCCAUAUGUAACUGUCAAGGAGCUCUGUCAUCCAAGAGUGAGUGUAACUGUGUUAAUGCUGUGACACGUUGAAUUUCCUCACUGUGGGACAAUGUGUGAUGACAUAGAAAAAGAGUCCCUGAGUUUCUUUAUGACCUGAAUAAGUGUUGUCGGCGCACCUGGUAGAGGAUCUCAAUGUUGUUGUUGGCCAGAUUGAGGAAGACCAGGCGGCCAAGACCUCGAAAAGCGCCCUCUUUGACCCUGCGAAUGUUACACCGUUGCAUCGACAGAUGAGUAAGGUAGGGAGUGUGUCUGAAAGCCCCUGUGGGGAGUUCCUGGAUGUCAUUUCCCCUGAGAUCCAACUUCACUGUGAUCUAUGAGGGGAAAUAGAAUGUCAAGUCAAGGGUCAACUGUUAAAUUCGAUGUAGAUAUUAGUGACCAGGGAGAACCUCGUCGACUGUCGGGGGGACUUGAGUGAGGUUUUUGUUGACACAGGCCACAGUGAGCUGGAUCUGGCCACACACGCACUGCUGGGGACACUUGGCCGCCUCUGCAGCAGGUGACCUGACGAGGACCAGGCUGAGGAGCAGAAGCUUGGGAGACAGAAAUAUAACAAUGUGUUUUCAUUAAAAUAAAAAUGAUCGACUACAGGAAGUGCUAAAUGAAUCUGAUAUCAACUAUCUGAAUUGUACGACUGCUCUUACUCACUGUGUGAAUGGUUUAAGCUGCACGUUUGAACCAGUGUUUGAACCAUAUGUGAACUGGAGUUUAUAAGGUGUGUAAAAAUCACUUUCAAAAUUCCUGAUUCAAGUAGGCGAGCCAAAGUAUAUGUUUCAUAUCAAACUGCCUUCAGUCACCCGUUCCUUGUACCAGACCCGGAAGGACAAAAGAUUGCUAGA